AUGAGGCUCUUUGGCUCAUCCUCUACCCCCAAUCGAGACUAUUCGAGGGCCACCACCAAGGAACAAAGAAAUCAGGAUCAGGUUUCAGUGUUGUAUGAGCUCGGACUGCUCAGCAGCUCGGGUAAAGGCGCCAGGAGGCGAGUAAAAGACAAGGAUAGGGAGGCUCCCGGGGGUAGAGCUCACCUUGCAGAAUUACAUCCCGACCACGUCACCCAUACCAGCUCUGGUUCAUCGUCUGGAUCGUUUCGCAGGCCACCAUCAAGCACAUUCCAAACCCGACAGAAUAGGGGAGGGAGCAACUUCCGAAUGCGAGCGGGCGGAGGAAUGGCCGGAAUGUUAGACUCUGAUAGGAGCCGCAAUCGGCGGGAGAGGACCUUCGUUGGGAGCGAGUGUGCCGUCUGCGAGGAGCCUCUGGAGCAUACGCUUCGCGGAGAACGGGUCCUGCAAUUCUCGUGCGGGCACGUCUCGCACGAGGCAUGCUUCUACGAAUACAUAAAACAGUUCGAAUCGCAGUACUGCCCGACAUGCAACGCCCCCCUAGGCCUGGACACGAGCCGGGGAGGAAAUGUGCUAGAUAUUGAGAAGCUAAGUACAAUUGUGCGAUCAGUAUCCGCGAGCGGGUCCUCUAGAUCGAACCAGACCACGACGCCGGUCCCGUGGGAUGGCCAGACGGUACGGCCAGCUAGCCUGGAAUCGAAUACGCCGCGACCACGCAGAGAUAGCAGCCGGGACAGCAACGGUGGAGGAAGCAGCAGAGGGAGCAGGGAUGGUCGAGAUCGGUACGGGAGCACUUCGAGAUCGCACAAUCGCAACGACUCUACCGUCACGGAUACUCCCUCGAUGGGUUACACGGAGACUGCAAAUAGCGGCCCACCUCGGCGACACGACUACGAUGUGCAAUCGAUGGAGACGAGUCUCGUCAGUCCUCGGACAAGCGUAACGAGGAAUCCCAUCCCACCACCAACCGUCAGCGUCCGGUCCGAGUUCCCGACCCUGAAUCGAUCGAGGCAGCAACAGACCUUGACCUGUCUCGUCACCGUCGAAGUAGCCGAUGAUAAAUGGAGGCCCGAUCCAGAAGACCUGCGCGGGGCACCACCCGUGCCUAUGCCCCGCCCAGAGGAUACGUACGCUCGACCACCUUCACCCGCCCAGAGCGCGCCGCGCUUCUAUCCAUACGAGUCACCAGAAGUGUUGGAGGAGAUGACGGAAAAUCUACGCGGCCGCGUCGAGAACUGGCACGGACUUGAUUUUAACAGGUUUGGAAAAUUACGUCUUUACGGCACUAUCAAGGUUGGGAAAGACAGGAAGUCAUGGCAGGAGUUGGAGUGUUUCCUCUUUGCAGAGAUGCUUAUUUGCGUCAAAGAGAAGAAGUUGGCAGUGUCUCAACACUGGGAUGAUCCGAACCGGAGGAGUACUCGAUGCACUCUCAAGGGGUCCAUCUUGAUCAAGAAACACCUGAACGAGGUCGUUGAAACUGGUGGUACAGCACACCUCGGCCACGCCAACCAAAGCAACAUGACUAACCUUCGACCAGCAGAGGAAAACAUCCUGACCCUCAGCUUAUCAGUAGCUGAGCUUCCGUCUUUCCAUCUCAAAUUUGAAAACAGGAACCAGUUGAAGUUGUGGCAGCAAGCUCUCCUGGACUUGAAUGCGGUUGAGGCAUCUCCGAGUCCGGAUUCCGAGCUUUCUGAAGUCGAGGAGGAGGACUGGCAACGUGUAAACGAUCCGAAGCGGGUCUCGUCCGUUAACUCCUCCUCGUAUGGUGCCGGGAUGUCUGGUACGACGGCCGUGACAGAGUAUACCGCCAAUGGAAGGGGCUCACGAUUACCUGUAGCCAUUCACGUUCCCAUCGAUAUCGUCGUCGUCGUUCCGAUAUCGUCGUCUAUGCAGGGGGUCAAGAUCAGCUUGGUACGGGAUGCCUUGAAGUUCAUGGUUCAUAAUCUGGGAGAGCGUGACCGUAUGGGCCUGGUCACUUUUGGAUCGAGCAGCGGUGCUGCCCCACUCGUGGGCAUGACUACGAAGGCUUGGAAUGGAUGGCCAGGAGUCCUGAGCUCAAUCAGACCUGUUGGACAGAAGAGCCAUCGGGCUGACGUUGUCGACGGCGCCAAUGUUGCGAUGGAUCUGCUCAUGCAGCGAAAGUCUAACAACCCUAUCGCUACGAUCCUCCUGAUUAGCGAUUCAUCGACCUCUGAUGCUGAGAGUGUUGACUUUGUUGUAUCAAGGGCAGAGGCAGCGAAGAUCGCCAUUCAUUCCUUUGGUCUUGGUAUGACGCACAAACCCGACACCAUGAUCGAGUUAUCAACGCGGACGAAAGCGUCGUACACUUACGUCAAGGAUUGGAUGAUGCUGAGAGAAUGUCUCGCCGGCUGUCUCGGGGCGUUGCAGACCAUGUCUCAUCAGAAUGUGAAGUUGAAGCUCAGACUUCCCGAAGGCUCACCAGCGAAAUUCGUGAAGAUCAGUGGCGCCUUACAGAUCACAAAACGAGCGGCCGGCAAAGAUGCCGAGGCCUCUCUGGGAGAUCUCAGAUUCGGUGACAAAAGGGACAUCCUCGUCCAGCUUGUCAUCUCUUCGGACAAUCCUUCUCAGGAGCAAGUACCUCAGGAUCCUUGGGAGUCGAUUGUUUCAGGCCUAGAAGCCCUCGGUGGACCCCUCGAACAGGAAGAUCAGAGGCCCCUCUCGGUUGAAGAAGUCCCUCUGAUUCAGGCAGAUCUGACCUGGGGUGAUAUUAUCCGAGAUGGUACCCUUACCCACCUUCCCCGUCCUUCCCUGCUGGCAAUAACCAUGCUUCCACCUUCACCAACUCAGCAGAAAAAGCAGACCUGGGGCAGUGGAGGCCCUCCGAUCCCUCCGCAUCCAAACAUUGUCCAACGACGUAUGGAACUCCUCACAUCAGACAUGCUCACGCGUGCGCUCACCCUCGUAUCUCGCGGGCAACACGAUCGCGCACAGCAUCUCCUCAACGAAACCAGAUCCAUUCUCAAAGGCCUCGGUAAGGGAGGCCUCCCGCCGAUUCCCCUAACCCCAUCUCAUAACAAAUCUCCAAACUUGAGUGCGGUCCCCACCACCGGAGGCUCAUCCCCAACAGCCAGUGCCACUCCCGACCGUCACCGAACGCCGUCUCCAACAUCCGCUCCUAAUACUGUUUCCGGAUCUUUUCCCCGCCACUCCAACGAUGCACUGUCCAUGGGCCACAUGGGCCCGUCCUCUGGUAUCGAUCCCAACACUGUCGCAGCUCUCGAUGCCGAGCUCGAGGCAAGCCUAGAGUGGAUCAAUCAUCCUGCAGUCUUCGGAAGAGACAGCAGGAAAGCCGUUUUACAAGCCAUAGGUGUUAUCAGCAGUCAACGAGGAUAUACCUUCCGCACCCCGAUCGAGAGUCUCUGGGCUGGACGUGUGGGAGGCGUUAAGAGAUUGACCGACCGCAGUCGAGAGUGGAGGGAAGAAGGUGGCUCCGAGGGCGGUAUCAUGGAAGAGAGUUAG